CUCACAGGUACAGGAUAUAAUUCCUCCGUUCAUUUCAACUCAGUCACUACUAUACAGUAGAUGGGGAAAUUAUUUCUACAGUGAUAAAAUAUGCAAGCAUUGUAAUUUGUUAUUAACCAUAUCUUCUUUACAGUCCAGGUGCUGAGAUACAUCAGCUCUACAGACUCUAUCUGGUUCAUUGAACGUUAUUGAGAACUGAAAUGGAAACCGUCAACAACACAGAGUUCCUGGGGGACUUUACACUGAACGGUGACCAUCCUCCAAGAUUGAAAGAGACGAUCAGUAGAGACAGCAUAGUGAUCAACCCAGCACCACCUGCAAGGUACCUGCUGAAGACCAAGCGGAAGGACGUCGAUGGGAGGGACGGAGUCCGGAGAUGGACCAUAGGAAAGCACAACCCUUGCAAGAGGAACCAUCAUUGAUACACCUGGGAUAGAGGACAGAGAUGGACUCAGACCUUUGAUAGAGAAACUAAGAAUGCUGCUGGAAGAGGAGAGAGUGGACCACAUCGACGCUGUCUGCCACGUGGUGAAGGCAACGCAGAACCGUCUGACAGAACAUCAGAGAAACAUCUUUGACGCGUUCCUGUCCCUCUUGGGCAAGGACAUGAAAGACAACAUCAUCACCCUUAUCACUCACUCUGACGAGACCAGACCGGAUGUUCUCGACAUCAUCAUGGACUACAAACUCCUCGGCGACAAGGUUCCGGUUCACUUCACGUUCAACACUCACCUCUUUCAGACCAGAAACCCUUUCUAUGACAAAAUCUAUGAGACAACAUGGGAAAACGGCAUGAAAAGCAUGAGAGGAUUCUUUGAUAAGCUAAAUGGAAUGCAACACCAACGCACCAAGCAGACGAUAGAGGUAUUGGUGGAACGCUUGAAGCUGGAGGACUGUUUCAAACAUGGAAGGAUCCCUUCAGAGGUGGUAGCAAUCUGCUGCACAGUGUGUGAGAUGAACUGCCAUACCGGGUGCGUAGCUUGUCAACCCUACUUCUGCCAAGUCAUGUUACAAGGGAAAUGCACCAUGUGCCCACAGAGAUGCAGUCACAAGAAACAUGUCAGAGGACACAAGAGAUAUGCUGACGACCAUAAAAAUCUGAGAGCUCAACUCACAGAAUGUUUCCAAAAUAUGAGGAAGAACGCCUUGACGCCUCACUUGGAGCCGAGUCUCAAGAGCCAGAUUCAGCGUGCCAACGAGAAGGGAGACAAGCAGAAGUUGAAGGAACUUGAGGAAAAGAAAGGGACAAUUGCCGAUUUAAUCAAGAAGAAUAUGGACAUGGAAAGAGAGUAGGGUGAGAAAUUGCUGUGAGAUCACAUGCGCCGAAUACAACAGGUGUAGACCUUACCGUGAAAUGCUUACUUACAAGCCCUUAACCAACAAUGCAAUUCAAGAAAUGUGAGUUGACCUUUACAUCAGCUUAAAGAGGUCAGUAGUGUAGUAUGAAUGAUUUGUUUGCCAGUAACCUUUAUCAAUGUUAAUCAAUCUUUAAUCGUUGUGUCAUAUUUUUCCAAGUCUCAUACUGCAUGUCAGAAAACAUGCAUCACCUGAACCCACAACUAAAAAUAUGAUGUACUUUCAAGGCCCAAUGCAGCCGUUUUUAUAUCAAUAUCAAAUCAUAUCUGAGUAACAAUUAAUGACCUUACUGUAAUAGAUUUCCAUAAAAAAUAGCAAAACCUGCUUUUUUGCUAGGAUUGUCUGGAAGUUGUCUGAAUGGUCUGAGUGGGGAGGGGAAAACUGAAAACGACCUGUUAUUGGCAGAGAUGUAUGGAACUCUCUUUCUUAUUGGUCUAUUAACUAAAUUACUGCAUGGUGAUGUCACCAUGGAAAGCUGAAACUCCCACCCAUGCAAACCUGAUGAUUAGAAGGUCCUGUGUAGAUUGUCUUUUCACCCACCAACUAUCAGGAAAAUAACACUGAUCAAAUGUUUUCACACUUUUACAGUGUUAGUUUCAUCAGCUGUAUAUAACACAAGAAAACAAAAUGUUGGCUGCACUGGGCCAUUAACGUUAUCAUUUACAUGGUUUGUAAUUAAAUGUUUAAUAUGUGAUCAA